GGUCAUGUUUUUAAGUUUCACAGCUAUUGAAAGCUCUGGGCGUGACACUUAUUAAAGAACAGCAGAUGAAAAGAAGAUCUGUGGAACUGGACUAUAUAGAUUUUAAUGAAGAAACCAGCACAGUUUCUUUAAGUUAGCAGAAUUACAUUUUUAAUUUGUUUGUGAAAAUAUUACAUUGAAGUUUGCUUGAGUUUACAAGAACGCUGCAUGAGCAAGGUUACAACAGAACUGACUGAACUGAAUCAGAUCUUGUGUGGAGGCGAGUACAUCUUUCCUACAAGGAUCUUCAUGCAACUAAAACUCAGUCUAAGCUCAAAGAGGAUUUCACUGGGUCAAAUUCAUAUGAUUCUUCAUCAAAAACACAAGAUCCUUUACACAGAGCAGUAAUUAUACCUGAAAAGUCUUAACCCAGAAAGUGGAGGGAAAUUACAGAAAUGGAUUCAGAAAAUAACAAAAAAGGUUCUCGUGGAAUCUAUAUCCCUCUUUCUGAAUUCACUAAUCUAUCACUAAUCACUAAUCACAAUGACACGAAUAUAAAGCAAAAAAACACAAGGCCUAAAGAAGAAAAAAGGCUUGUACUUAUAGACGGAGAACCCACAUUUCAAAAUCAGGAUAAUGAUCAGAACUUGUCAGGGAAAACGUCUCAAGUUGUGCAGUACGACAAUGAAACCAAUAAUGCUGCAUUGUUGUUUGAGAUACUCAACAAAGAAACUAUAAAAGGGCCUGCGGUACAAUCAACUUAUCGUUUGGACCACAAGUGGUGCCAGAAAGCAAGAGAUGAUACAAGCCUCCUCAGCAACAUCGCAUCACAGCAUGAAGACCUUAACCAGGAAAAAUUGAAAGAUUUGGAGGAACUCUGUCGACUAUACGUUCAAGACAAAGAUUAUUCUAAAGCCUAUAUAUACACUGGUCCACUUUACCAUACUAAAAAAGACAUAACAAAAAAGGAAAAAAAGAAAAUAGAAGAGAGGUCAAAGAACGGGAAAGCUCUGCCAACUUAUUUCUUUAAGAUCAUCAUUUUGGAGAAGAAUAAUGGAGAACGCAAGCUUAAAUGCUAUGAGAUACCCAAUGAAGGAAAAGGACAAGGACAAGAAAAACAACAAGAAAUACAACACCAAAAACAACAAGAAACACAACAACAACAAAACCAACAAGAAAAACAACAAAAACAACAACAAAAACAACAACAAAAAUUACAAGAAAAACAACACCAAAAACAACAAGAAAAACACCAAAAACAACACCAAAAACAACAAGAAAAACAACACCAAAACCAACAAGAAACACAACAACAACAACAAAAACAACAACAAAAACUACAACAAAAACUACAACAAAAACAAGAAAAACAACAACAAAAACUACAACAAAAACUACAACAAAAACAAGAAAAACAACAACAAAAACUACAACAAAAACAAGAAAAACAACGAGAAAAACAACAACAAAAACAACUAAAACAACAACAAAAACUACAACAAAAACAAGAAAAACAACAACAAAAACUACAACAAGAACACCAAAAACAACAAGAAAAACUACAAGAAAAACAAGAAAAAGAACAACAAAAACUACAACAAAAACUUCAACAAAAACAGGAAAAACAACAACUAAAACUACAACAAAAACAAGAAAAAGAACAAGAAAAACAACAAGAAAAACUACAACAAAAACAAGAAAAAGAACAACAAAAACAACAAGAAAAACUACAACAAAAACAAGAAAAAGAACAAGAAAAAGAACAUGAAAAACAACAAAAACAACAAGAAAAACUACAACAAAAACAACAAGAAAAACCACAACAUCAAAAAAAAGUUACAAUAAAAGACAUUGAAAAUGAACUUAGCAAAUUCAGUAAAGAUAUCGAUUACAUCGAAGAAGUUUCUGGACUGACGUUCACAGAAAAGAAUCAAGAGAUUCUGAGAAAAAGAGAGGAAGUGAUGGCUGUGAACUUCAGAGUUGAUAAAGACAUCACGAGUAAUCCAACACAUGGAAUAGUUGAAACAGUUAAAAUAAUCCCUAAACAAAACACAUUUCAGAGAGAGAAUUGAGUCUUCUGGAGUCUAAAGACAUCUGUGAUGAAGAAUAGUCUACCAUUGAUUUCAGAUGCAAAUGUUUGUACUUCUCUCUUCAACCAAUCCAGAGCGAGAACUUUUACUUUAACAUCAAACAUAUUUUCAAAUGUAUUGCAGCUCUCUGAAAUAUCUGAUUCUGACAAUGACACUUACAGUAAUAUCUCUAUAUUCACUGUAAACCAUUGCAUUCUGGGAUGUAUUGCUUUAAUAAUGCCUUCAUCAUGAGUAUAUUUUAUGAUUAUUCUAGAAAUUACAUUCUUAUAGGGGUGGUUUCCCAGACAGGGAUUAGACUAGUAGUCCUAGACUAAACUAAAUGUAAAAGCUGUCCAAACUGCCAACAACUAUACAUAUCUGAAAAUACAUCAGUGCCCUUUGUUUUGCCUCAAAAUGCACACAAGUAAUGGUUUUAGUAAGACAUGUUUGUUUAAACUAGUUUUAUUUCCUAAUUAAACUAAGGCCUAGUCCUGGCUUAAGCUAAUCCCUGUCCAGGAAGCCCCCCUAUAGUCUUUUUCUUACACAGUAUAUUAAUUAUGACUGUUUGACAUUUAUAUAGCUAUGUUAAAGUCAUGAUGCUGAUGGUGAGAUAUGUUUGAUAUACUUUUAAAUGUUUGUAGGCAGACUGAUCAUCUGUUAACCCAUUUGCGCCUGAUGCUGCAUGCCGAAACAUUACAUCUACCGCCGGUUACUUUUAUUUCAUGUUUCUAAAGUGCUACAGAGUAUGUAUGCAUGUAUUAAAUCAAAUGUAUUCUGUUUGCUGGUAUAUAUUCUGAUCUGGAUUGAUUCUGCAAUCUGAUUAUUUUGCAAUUAGCAAGUUUGAAUUGGUUUUGAAAUCUGUGCAUUUAUCUACACACAGUGACUAUAUUUAUUAUAUUAGCCUCUCAGAGGUUAAUCAAUUUUAGGUAACCACAUUAUAUCUUUGCAUUGUGGUAUUUUAAAUAAAGGAACAUUCAACUGA